AUGUACUUUACCAACUACCUUAUAUCCUUUGAUACCUAUAAUAUAUACAGUUCCCAUGCUACCAAGCUUCUUAGUAUCAUAUUUUCAAAGAAGUUGGUUGUUGAAGUGACUGGAGCAUUAGUGGUUGAAGUAGUUGUGACUGUUAGUAAACCUACAUCUAUGAAGCUUAAUGUGCACUAUUUAGAAUUUGAGUAUGAUAUAUCUUCUAAAAUGAGUACAAAAGAAACUAUUCAACAAUUUUUAGAUGAUGCAGAAAACCCAUCCAAGAUCCAAUGUGUUCUGAAUCUUCCAUUUAAUCAUAAAGGUCUGUCAAAAGACUUGAUGCUUCUCAAUUAUGGUAUCAUUCAUGGAUGGAACCAAUCUACUGUUAACUGUCAGCUGAAGUCAAUGUUCAUCCAGAUAACUUCACUAAGCAUGGUCCAGCAGGCUCUAGUACAAUUCUGGUUCUGGUAG